GCUGAAUCACGAUAUACCUACAUGAGUUGCUGCUACGCCGGACAUCGACCGUCAACAACGUUGAAACAUUCUCUCACACUUUGGCUGGUCCAGGACAGAGUUGAUUUUGACACCGAUUGCAUCCAUUAAUAGUCAUCGAAAACAAUGGCUCUUCCUCCAAAAUUCUCUGGCCAGUUGUUGGCUUCAGCAUCGAAUAAUGAAGCGAAGCACACCAUUGAGCUAUUUCUGGACUAUGUCUGUCCCUUCAGCGCAAAGAUAUUCAAGACCUUCUACAAGAGUGUUGUACCCCUGAUAGAGAAGAAGUAUACAAAGCCCGGCAUCCGUGUCAUCUUCAGACAACAGAUCCAGCCCUGGCAUCCGUCUUCGACACUAGUCCAUGAGGCUGGAGCCGCAGUCCUGCAAACAGCACCCAAAUCAUUCUGGGCUUUCUCAGAGAAACUCUUCGAGCAUCAGACAGAGUAUUUUGACGUUAACGUCGUCGACGAGACCCGCAACAAUACCUACAAGAGGCUCGCCAAAUUGGCUGGAUCGGUGGAUGGCAUUGAUGAGAAAACCGUUUUGGACCUACUUGUGGUACCAGACAAGCCCGAUGCGGACGGUAGUCUAAACAUUGGUAACAAGGUCACGAACGAUGUGAAAUUCAUGGUCAAGGCAAACAGACUUACUGGUGUACAUGUCACUCCAACUGUCCUGUUCAAUGGAGUUGAAGAGCGGAGUAUCAGUAGUGGCUGGACCGUGGAGCAGUGGGAAGAGUGGUUGCAGAAGAAUGCCACGUAAGCAGCGCAUGGAUUGCAUAUCAUCCGCAAGAUACGACAACCUGAAACCAACUGAUUCUUUCAGAGAAGCUGGAUUUCCUAGCCAAAGACCGCAUCUGUGACUUUUCAUGUUUCCAGGUCGGAGAGGAUGCCUCGAAUUGAACUGUGGUGCGACAGGUGUCAUAGCUAUACUAAACCUGAGUAGACCUCUCCCAAACUUCUGGUGUCUAAAUUCCUGGCCCUCAGGCGCUGAUUCGUCGAAGACAUACAAAAUGUUGUAUCAAGCACGCUCGCUGAAUGCACAAUUGAAUACAUUUUCCGGAUUCAACAUAGAAGAACGCCGUCCCAAUGCUGCCCUGGC